AUGCACCAUGAAGGCGACGAAUAUGACGACAACGCGAUGGAUCCCUUUAGAGAUGACGACGACGAUAUGGAUGACGAUGAUGAGGCGGAUGUAGACGUUGUUCAAGAUCUCGGACGCGGAUCGUGGUGGAGAGGCAUGGUCGGAAAGAAGAGCCGUGCAGACGACGACUCCGACGACGCAGACGUUGACGACGACGACGACGAAUUUGGCGACUUUGCCAUGGCGGAAGAUGACCAGAGUGGCGGGACGUCGAAUAGAGAACAGCUGGUGCUGAGGCCGCUGGCCAUAAAUCCCGCCAAGGAAGGCAGCAGAGGUCUCAGCGGUCUAUGGCCGUUUGGGUCCAGAAACGAGAGCAGCAAAGCCAAACGCGGGGAAGGGAGCCACGAACGGGCCGACGACUUGGUAGCAUCCGCAGACGAGAAGAAGGAAGAGGGUUAUAGAGCCAUCGAGGUCAGAGAGGCAACGAGGCGGACCAGCAUUGAAGAACCGGACGAGGAAGAAAUCGUGGUUGGGAAAUGA